GGAGUGGCGGCGCUGCCUGGGACCCGGCGCAAUGGGCAAGAAGGGCAAGAAGGAGAAGAAGGGCCGUGGGGCGGAGAAGACGGCCGCCAAGAUGGAGAAGAAGGUGUCCAAGCGCUCGCGGAAGGAGGAGGAAGACCUUGAAGCUCUCAUAGCCCACUUCCAGACGCUAGAUGCCAAAAAGACUCAGAUCGUGGAAACACCCUGCUCUCCACCUUCUCCAAGGUUAAAUGCCUCGCUCUCUGCUCAUCCUGAGAAAGAUGAAUUAAUCCUUUUCGGAGGUGAAUAUUUCAAUGGCCAAAAAACUUUGUUGUAUAAUGAACUGUAUAUCUAUAAUAUCAAGAAGGACACCUGGACCAAAGUUGAAAUCCCCAAUCCACCUCCGAGACGCUGUGCUCACCAGGCGGUGGUGGUGCCUCAAGGUGGCGGACAGUUGUGGAUCUUUGGAGGGGAGUUUGCUUCUCCCGACGGAGAGCAGUUCUACCACUACAAGGAUCUGUGGGUCCUGCAUUUGGCCACCAAGACCUGGGAGCAAGUCAGAUCUCCAGGGGGUCCUUCAGGUCGGAGUGGACAUCGGAUGGUAGCCUGGAAGAGACAGUUAAUCCUUUUUGGUGGCUUCCAUGAGAGUACAAGGGAUUACAUCUAUUACAAUGAUGUGUAUGCCUUUAACCUGGACACCUUCACGUGGAGCAAGCUCUCCCCAUCAGGGACAGGGCCCACACCCAGAUCAGGCUGCCAAAUGACCGUCACUCCCCAGGGCAGCAUCAUCAUCUACGGGGGCUACUCGAAACAGAGAGUCAAGAAAGAUGUGGACAAAGGCACCCAGCAUUCAGAUAUGUUCCUGCUGAAAUCUGAGGAAGGAGGAGAAGGCAGAUGGGUGUGGACUUGCAUUAACCCUUCAGGAGCCAAGCCCACCCCGAGGUCCGGCUUUUCAGUGGCUGUGGCCCCGAACCAUCAGACGCUGCUCUUCGGGGGUGUCUGUGAUGAGGAGGAAGAGGAGAACCUGCAGGGUGACUUCCUCAAUGACCUGUACUUCUAUGAUGCCGCCAAGAACCGCUGGUUUUCAGGGCAGCUGAAGGGACCUAAGUCAGAGAAGAGGAAGCGCAGGCGGGGCAAAAAAGUGGAGCCCCAAGGUGCCGACAAGCAGGAAUGUGGGGGGGCCAGCACCUGGGCGCCCCUGGAGGUGGUCAGAGAGGUGGUUGCAGAGGACGGGACCGUGGUCACCAUUAAACAGGUGCUGCCUGCCCCGAGGCCAGCAGGACGGCCACAGUCCGAUGAGGAAGAUGGCCCUGAUGAAGCAGAUGGCGCCACUGUCGAGCCGAGCCCCCGCUCCAACGCCAUGCUGGCUGUGAAGCACGGGCGGCUCUACCUCUAUGGGGGCAUGUUUGAGGCAGGCGACCGCCAGGUCACCCUCAGCGACCUGUACUGCCUUGACCUCCACAAGAUGGAGGAGUGGACAGCCUUGGUGGAGAUGGAUCCAGAAACUCAGGAGUGGCUGGAGGAGACCGACUCGGAAGAGGACAGCGAUGCAGUCGAGGGUGCCGAGGGCGGAGGUGACGAUGAGGACAGUGGCGAGGAGAGCGGCGAGGAGGACGGGGAGCAACAUCACCCCUUGGUGAGGCCUGCCGAGCAGUUCACAGACUACCUGCCCCGGACCGAGCAGUAUUGGGUGCAGCUUGCCCGGGACGACGCUGGGCCGAAGGUGCAGGAGAAGACAGUGCUGAGGGUAGCCCACGCCCUGGCAAAAGCUUUCUUUGAUGGCUCGGCGUGA